AUCGUCCUCAAUAGAUAUCUCAGCCAUCAGGGGGAAGUAACUCCAAAUUUUAUACCAUCUGAGUGGCAAGAAUGGCUUGUAAUCAUCUUGGUAAACUUUUGUUGAAUAGAUCUAUACUUUUCCUGUGUGAUAUGCAGGAAAAGUUUAGACCAACUAUUCAAUAUUUUCCCCAGAUAGUGGAAGUAUCUGCAAGAAUGUUAAGUGCUGCGAAAAUUCUUGAUAUGCCUGUUAUAGUGACCGAGCAAUAUCCUAAAGGUUUAGGCUCCACUGUACCAGAGCUUGAUGUCGAGGACAUUCCAGUUGUUGCCAAAACAAGAUUUUCAAUGAUGGUUUCAGAAGUUGAGAAUAAAUUAAAAGAACAUCCAGAUGUAAAUUCUGUUGUUUUAUGUGGUAUUGAGGCACAUGCUUGCAUUCAACAAACAGUACUUGAUCUUUUGGAGAAAGACUACCAAGUCCAUGUCGUUGUGGAUGCAUGUUCCUCUCGUUCAAUGGUUGAUAGGAUGUAUGCAUUCAAUCGCAUUAAGGAUGCAGGUGCUUUUUUGACUACGAGUGAAAGUGCAUUGCUGUCUCUUUGUCAAGAUGCAAAACACCCCAAAUUUAAAGAAAUUCAGCGUUUAAUUACACAUCCUGCUCCAGACAGUGGAUUACUGCCAAUGCAGCCAUCUCAUUUGUGAAACCAAUUGAAUUCUGGGAUUGAAGCGACUACAUUUUAAUUUUUUGAUACAUCCUCCCUAAUUCUGAAAUUUAUUUUUAUUGAUAGAUAUUCAUGGAAUGUUAGAUACUUAUGCCUUCUUUCACUAUGAGAUAAAUCUGACAGUUCUAUGUUUGGAAAUUUACUUAAUUGUUUUAUUGACCUGUUAAAAUCUGAAACCUUAAUAAAAAUUUAUUAUACUGA